AUAAUAAUAAUAAUAACAAGAAGCAAAAGAAUAAUAAUAAUCGUUCAGAAAUCGUCGUCUGUUUACGCAUACCUGGCUGAUCCAGACAAUAAGCAUUAUAGGGCACUAGUGUGUGCGGUGUAUAGAUACUUGAUGGCGACAGUGAUGACAAAUGCUCCAAAACGAUUAGACGUAUAAUGGAGCUCCAAAAUGAUUUGAGUGAAAAAGACGCGGAUUGCCAUACGUAUCAGUGACGCGUAAAGAUCCCAUCGACGAGUCAUUCUUUACCUUGAUACAACUGUGAUCGCGUUUACCAGAAACUAUCAGCUUUCAUCAUGGGUACAGAGGAUGAUGUUUGUUGGUUUCAUGGAAAUCUCUCCAGAGAAGAUGCAGAAAGCUUACUUUUAGAAGAUGGUAGAGAUAAUGGGACUUUUCUUGUCAGAGAAAGUAGCUCUUCUUUGGGAGAUUACGUUCUUUCGGUGCUACACGAUGGUGAAGUUGCGCAUUACCAAAUCAGAAAACACGGAGAAGAUGCAUUCUUUUCUAUAGACGACGAAACUACUAUACAUGGCUUAGAAACACUUAUUGAAUACUAUCAGAAGGAAAAUGACAGGCUCGUGACAAUACUACAAACUCCUAUAAGAGGUCUACCACCUCCGCAUGAUACUCGAAGACAUGGUAGAAUGAACCUGUUGCACAGAGCUACCAUUCAAAAAAAUUAUACAAUAGUAUCAGAACUUUUAAAAUGUGGUUAUAGAAGUUUAGAUGCCAAAAAUCAACUCGGCCAAACUGCUGUGCAUCUGGCUGCAAUUGAUGGAGCGGAUGAAAUAUUGAGCAAACUCAUUCAAAACAAUGCUAGUGUCAAUUGUCGAGAUACCGCUGGUUACACUCCUCUGCACUAUGCUUGCCAAAGUAAUCUACCAAACACAGUACAAAUUUUAAUUGCUGGAGGCGCAAAUAUUCAAGCUCGUCACACAGAAACAGGAAUGGUACCUUUGCAUGAAGCAGCAAGUAGAGGUCAUGAAGAAGUAAUUCAAAUUUUGCUUUCUGCCAACGCACCUGUAUACCCCAGAACAUUGGCCAAUGAUGUGCCAGCAGAUCUUGCAAAAAUCAAUGGCCAUACAGAAUGUGAACGAAUUCUGCGUAGUUACAGCAGGCCAACAAAAGAGAAAGCUAGCGACUGGUAUCACGGCACAUUAGAUAGGAUGGAAGCCAUCAAUCUUUUACACAAAAAUGGGGAUCUUGACGGCUCAUUUCUAGUUCGUCUGAGCGAAAGACACGAUGGAAUUCGCGUACUGACAGUUAUGUAUAACAAGACGCCCUACCAUUUUCAAAUACAAAAACGGAGAAAUUUUCUAUUCAUUGAUAAUGGGCCAUAUCUUCCUUCGUUGGAGCACGUGAUAGAACAUUAUCGUUGCAUGCCGGAUGGUCUUCCAGGGCCACUCAUUCAUCCAAUUGCACCUAUCCCUAAACCGCCAAUUCCUGAGAUGCCUCCGUCAAUAUUUAAUGGGGAUACUCUUAGAAAAAAGAAAAAUCAAUUUCCUAAAAGUCUUCCCGAGCCAUUGGAAAGGCCAUAUGUACAUCCAAGUAGUUCAGUUCAUGUCGAUAAUAAUUGUGCCAAUAAUAAGAAUAACGACAGUGAUCUUCAUAGUGCCGUUCCUGCGAUUAUUGAAAACGAUAACGAAACUGUGCCUUUAACUCAAGUAUUUGUACCCGGGGAGAAUAUAAUUCUCGGAGAAGUUUUGGGUGAAGGAGAAUUUGGCGCCGUUUAUGAAGGGCUCUUCGAUUCGCCAUCCGGUACUCAAGAACCCGUUGCAAUAAAGAUGUUGCGUGACACGCACAAUAUUGCCACUCGCGAGGAAUUUCUUAGAGAAGCACGAUUGAUGAUGACAUUUAAUCAUCAUUGUAUUGUUAAGUUGAUUGGAUUUUCAGAAGGCCCGCCACUCUUAAUGGUACAAGAGUUAGUAUCGCUAGGUUCUAUGUUAGCGUACCUCUUAGAAUUUCCUGAUAGAAUUAAUCCUAAUUAUGAGCUUAAAGUUUGGGCUUCCCAAAUAGCAUGUGGUAUGAAGUAUUUAGAAGAAAUAAGGCUUGUUCAUCGUGACUUGGCAGCGAGAAAUAUUUUGCUGGCCUCGAAGCAUCAAGCUAAAAUAAGUGACUUUGGCCUUUCAAGAACCUUUGGUUCUAACGAUUAUUAUAAAGCAACCGCAGGAGGAAAAUGGCCAAUAAAAUGGUACGCUCCUGAAUCUUACAAUUAUGGUACAUUCUCGCAUGCCAGUGAUGUGUGGAGUUAUGGAAUAACUUUGUGGGAGAUGUUUUCUUACGGGGAGCAACCGUACGGUGAUAGACGGGGUACUGAAGUGAUAGAUCUCGUAGAAAAGGGCGAUAGACUCGCCCAACCAGAACAGUGUCCAGAUCAUGUGUACAAAGUUAUGCAAAAAUGCUGGUCUUACUCCCCAGCCGAUCGUCCCACGUUUCAAGAGCUUCUUGAUAUUUUUAGUAGUGAUCCAGAGUAUGCCAACAUUCGAGAACUUGUGACAGCUGUCGAUAUCAGCUGAUGAUUCACGCUUGAAGUGUGCAGCACGUUUGUUAUGGAUGCCUUAGUGGAGCAUUUUUACAUGGUACUGAUUAAACGUAUACGCUUUAAAAUUAUAUAUCUUAAUUCUCUUUUUUUU